AUGGGCACCGCCUGCUGCCGACACUCCCAGGUGUCGCGCGCCAUAGAGCGUCCCGGCGCCGAUGAGCCGAACGUGUUCUUGAGCUUGCAGCUCACGAAGGCUGCCGAGAGGCGCCGCACGCACUGGGUCGGCACGGCCGUCCCCGUCCAGAGCAUCCGGGCGUCCGCACCUCCGUUCAACAACCCCCAGAAGAUCGACCUCACGAGCUCGAUCACGCUGAUCGAUGUGCCCGUGUUCGGGCCCACCAUACCGAGGGUCGCGAUGAGCAUAUUCAAGAUGGCCGAUGUCUGCAAGCUUGCGGCGGAGCUUGCCCUGCCCAUACCAAAGGACAAGCUGAACACCUUCGUGCAGGCCAAGAUGGUCAAAGUCCACGAGAUGAUCAAGGCGGCCAGGGAGGAGCCCACUCUGGCCGAGGGCCAGAAGGCAGCCAUCGACAACGUAGAGAGCUUCGCGAAGGAGUUCGAGGUCUUGACGCCCGCGGAUGUCCCGGACCUGGACGCGUGGGACGCGUUCCUUGGCAAGCACUUCGAGAAGGGCUGGGAGCAGAGGCUGCACUUCGAUCGCAUCUUGGGCAUCUUCGGAUUCGAGGAAGAGGCUGCCGCGAAGCUCCGCAAGAUGGAGUACGUGUGGCCCGAUGGGGAGAAGGUGUCCUUCGAGCAGCACUCGCUCCGAUGGCUGAGCAAGGCAUUUGCAGCAUACGGCCCGCCCGGGCCCGUCACGGACAUCGUGAACUUGGUGUUCGCCAUGAUGCCAGCUCCAACCGAACAGGUUGACCAGGGGGUCGUGGAGGAGAUGGUCGAGAAGUUCCGGCGGAAGCUCGAAUCCAAGGACUUCAGUGAUCUGUGGAUUCCCAGCCAUUUCGGCAUGGAUGCGGAGACCGACGAUUCCCUCUGCUGGGUGAUUCUCGAGUACAUCCAUAGGGCUCGUGGGUCCAGGCUGAACAUGUUGGUGCAGUUGCCCACAGACUCCACAUUGGAUGCGAUAGCCGCUGAGAUCUCAAAGGCGGCCAAUCGUGAGGUCCUGCGGGAUCCAGAUUCCAUGAACGCCAAAGCAGUCAAGAAGUAUUGGGAGUCCACUGAGUAA